GCGGUGCCAGUGGGAAAACAGAAAAAAAAAAGUCGGCCUGAGUUUAAUAACAUUCAAAGUUAAAAUGGUAAUUACAAAUCAAAUCCAAUAUUGCGUUCUGAACCGCUUUCGGAAAGUUGCCAAUCGAGUUAAUUGGAGCCAGCCGUUUGGCUGGCUGCUGGCCACACAAAGAAAAGAGACGGGGCCAAACUCAUUUCUGUAUACGCCAGCGACGAGAACAGCUGCUGGGAUAUCAACUGGUGGCUAUUGGAGGUUAUAUACGACAGCAACAACAACAACAAAACCGAAACGAAAAAUGGUGGUCAAACUCAAUGAACAAGAACGUAAUGAGAAGUUGCAGCCUCUUUUGGAUGCUGGCUGGACUUUGGUCGAAGGACGCGAUGCUAUUUUCAAGCAAUUUGUUCUGAAGGAUUUUAAUCAGGCCUUUAGCUUUAUGACUGGCGUUGCACUUCUCGCAGAGAAAAUCAAUCACCACCCGGAGUGGUUCAAUUGCUACAAUAAAGUGGAUGUUACUCUUUCCACCCAUGAUGUGGGCGGUCUUAGUUCCCAGGACAUACGCAUGGCCACCCAUUUGGAGACUCAGGCCAAUUUGUUGAAAUAAAUUUAUGCAAUAAAAAGUGUGUGAAAACUUAA